CGUGUACGCACUUGCUUCUUCGACGCUGCUCCCAACGGUGUUCCACACAUUCCCGCGGGUUGACGAGGACGAGGACGAGGACGACGCCGGGACAUUUGAAGCGAGCAGAAUUCAUCGCAGCCGGAACGUGGAGUUCAGGCAACGGAAGGCCCUUAAACUAUGCGAACUGCAACGAUCUAGAUCUCCAAGAUCCCGCGUGCCAAUGGGCAACAUUUUGGAGUUGCUCGGCAAGACCGACAACCUCAGUGACCCCGAGCCGACUCUCAACAGGCAAGCGGCUGUCCUGGGUAUGGUUCUUUCGUUUAUGACUGUGGCAUGGAUCUGUGGUGUCUACCGACUUUAUGUUCGCUACUUCAUUCUUCGGUGUCCGGGAUGGGAUGAUUACUUUGUCAUACUAUCUAUGCUCACAAGUUUACUUCUGUCGGCCGCAACUUGCGUUGCUACGGAGUAUGGACUAGGAAAACACUUCAUUUUGCUUGGCAUCAAUAACAUGCAGGAUUUUAUCAAAGUCUUCUACGUGUGCAACGGCGCAUAUCCCAUGGCCACUGCUCUCAUCAAGCUGGCCUUACUCUUCCAGUACCUUCGUAUGUUCGAGCGCGGCACCAAGUCGCGAUACAUAACCAUUAUCUUCAUCUACAUUACCGCCGCUUGGGGUAUCGCGUACUCCUUCCUCGCCUGGGUCCCGUGCAUACCCGUAUCGGCCUUCUGGGACAUCGCGGCGACGACGGAGACACGAUGGGCCUUUGGCUCUCGCGAUCCCGAAACCUUUGCUCGUAGCUUCGAAAGCCAUGUAUCAAUUAAUGUGGCGUUGGAUCUGAUCGUGUUCGCGAUACCCAUUCCCCUGUUCUUAAAGGCGGGUCUCCGGGCGAAGUCUCGGGCGAGUUUAUUUGGCCUGUUCAUCAUGGGCGUGCUUGUUAACAUUCUUGGCAUAUUCCGUGUCAUUGGUAUUGCACGUUCUAGAGCCGGUACAUACCCGACUCUCGACCCCAGCUGGUAUGGCUGCACUCCCAUCGUGCUCGCUGCCGUCGAAGUCAACCUAGCGACUAUCUGUGCCUCACUCCCAGUCUUCUGGCCUAACCUCCAAAAGAACAUUGGCCAGAUCUUCAUCACGAAAGAAGUCGAGAUUACUUCGGAGGUUCGUCGCUUCAGCGCCCUCCAAGACGCAGAGGCCACUGCAGAGCUUCGUGAAUUCUCACCACAGACACCGCUCAAGGCUCUUGAUAAUAGUCCGUGGUACACUGAUACCCGGAUCCUGGCAAGACCGACGACAGAGGCCGAGGUCGCGUCGAAACGACUUGCUUCCAGGCCGAGCGAAAAGUCGUUGUUUUCGGACGGAUUGAAGAAGAUUUCAGAUGACCAGGAGUCGCAGGAUCGGCUAGUUUUGACACCAUCCCGUGGCGGUAUGCGGCCAUGAAUAUAAUUGAUUGUUUAUUUCGAAGUUCUUGUGGGUUCGUGUGCUGAUCGCACUGUGUUUACGCUCAUCCUAUCAUCUCGUGUGUUAUUAUGAAAGGUCUGUUCAGCAUGAUUAGCUUCGCUCGUCAAUACCGGCUCGAGCAGCCAACAGAUACCCAUUUUCCUCUUAUUCUAAAUACCUAGAUAAACACA